UAAUAGCGUCUCUGGUCAUGACAAAGGGAAGGUCAGACUCAGCAGGAUAGUUAAAGUAGCGGGGCCAGGUCCUGUUUGUUCUCUCCUCCCCCAGCACUUUCCUAUGGCUGUGAUCACAGUGAAUUUGAUAGUUAUUCCUAUCCUUGCUACCUCCAAUGGGUUUACUAACAGAUUUCCACAGGUCCCAAAAUGAAACACCAUGGAUACAGCUAGCCACAGUUUAGUCCUCCUGCAGCAGUUGAACAUGCAGCGUGAGUUUGGUUUUCUGUGUGACUGUAGAGUUGCAAUAGGAGAUGUUUACUUCAAGGCCCACAGAGCGGUGCUAGCUGCUUUUUCAAACUACUUUAAGAUGAUAUUUAUUCACCAAACAAGUGAAUGCAUAAAGAUUCAGCCUACAGAUAUCCAGCCAGACAUAUUCAGCUACUUGUUGCACAUCAUGUACACUGGAAAAGGUCCAAAGCAGACAGUCAACCCCAGCCGGCUGGAGGAGGGCAUUCGAUUUCUCCAUGCAGACUACCUUUCCCAUAUUGCAAUUAAAAUGAACCAGAUACUUUCCCCAGAGACGAUGCAGUCUUCAAACUUGUAUGGAAUUCAGAUCUCAACUGCACACAAAGCAACAAAGGAAGGUCUUGGAGCAAAAGAAAAUCUGACAAAUGCCAGCAACAGGUCUGCUAACCAGGGUGAUCACCCACAGUUACAGCUCUCACUUGCCAUUGGACUAGAUGAUGGUACCCUCGAACAACAGAUCACCCAUCCUUCCACCCAAGCAACUGGAGUUGCCAAACCAGUGGAGGAGCUUCAGAAAUCAUCUGUGUCUAUAAAGCAGGAGAAAUGUGACCCCGAGCCAGUGGUGUCCCGAAGUCACAUGUCGCCCACUCCAGAUGUUUCUAAAACUAAUCUCAAAAUGCAUUUAUGUCAUUACUGUGGGGAGCGCUUUGAUUUCCGUGGCAAUUUGCGGGAACACUUGCACACUCAUGUCUCCGGCUCACUUCCCUUUGGUGUCCCAGCCUCCAUCCUGGAGAGCAAUGACCUUGGUGAAGUGCAGCCUAUUACUGAAAAGGGGGAAGCUAUUGAAAGUCAUCAGCUUGGUACCUUCCUAAGGAAAGAGAAUAAGCAUCCGUCAGAACAUCCAAACCAUAGUAACACAGAGCCCUUACAGUAUGGCCAGUUGUCGCUAAUCUCCAAAGACACUGAACCUGUGGAGUUAAACUGCAACUUUUCUUUUUCAAGAAAGAGAAAAAUCAGUUGCACAGUCUGUGGCCACAAAUUUCUCCGAAAGAGCCAGUUGCUGGAACACAUGUACGCACACAAAGGGAAACAAUACAAAUACAACCGAUGCCAAAGGUUUGGUAACCCUGUAGCCCACAGGUUUCAUCCUUAUUGUGACAGUUGGUCUGAUUGUACAGUAAAAAGUUCCAGGCUCUCUCAAGAUCACCUAGAUUCAUCAUGUGCAUCAGAGUCUGAUCUUGCUCCAGAAAAUGUUGAUGCAAUCCUCGUAGAAUAGCUUUGUACGUUGCCUCUGAUUAGCUGAAACUGUGAAUGCUUCAAUUUGUUUGUGUCCUUUCAUUUUGCUGAAUGUUCUGGGUACUCUUCUGAAGUUUUUGCUUCACCUAACAGCUCUGUCUUCAGCGAGAUGGGGCUGUAACAACUAUGUACACCCUUUUACUUGUAUAUUUAAACUUUUAAAUCCAAGUUGAUUAGAGAACAAGCUAUUUGUCAGCAGUGUCCAGAUAACUUAGAUCAAUCUUUCAUAAAUGAAUUGUGCAUUACCCAAGAUGAGAUUGUAGAAGUUAGUGAGUGUGGGGUUUAAGUAUCUAGCAUACUGAGAAGAACUUUAGGACUGUGUGUGUCUUUAGAAUUAUUCUGAAACCAAAGUGGGUGGAAUGUUUUCAGAGGAUAUUACUUUUCUUGGUUAGGUUUUUUUUGUUUUGUUUUGUUGUUUUUUUAGGUUAAUAUCAGUUCCCUAGAAAGAGAGACUACCCCAAAGUACAGAGGACAUGUGGGAAAUGAACAAGCUACAGCACAUAAAACUUCGGGCUGUUCCCUUUUCUGGUAAUCCUCAAGGUUGAUGUAGAGAUAGUGGCCCUGGUUCAGCAAAAGCAUUUGCAGCCCCAUUGACUUUGAAUACAUUCAAAGUCAAUACAUUGAAGUGUGGCAUCUGCUUAAGUGCUUUGCUGCAGGAGAACUAAUGUGCAUCCUUCCCCAUUCCAAGCCCAGCAGGCCUUGCCCCUGCUUGAUCACUCCCCUCCACAAAUGUGGAACCAAAUCCUACUGAAGCCCUUCAAAGGGUCCCAUUAAUGAAUCUUCCUCUGUAAGACGGAAUGAGAUCCAGGCGAAGAGUCCCCUCCAAGAGGAUCUAAGAGGCAGUGGUUCUCAACUGGGGGUCCAUGGACCCCUGGCCCUUUCAAGGGGGCCAUGGGGCCCCACAUCUGAAGCCCCAAUCCCCGGUGCGCCCUGCUGUGCUGAAGCCGGAGGAGGCUCAGGGCUGAAGCCUGAUCCCCGAAACCUCCCGCGGGGCUGAAGCUGGGAGGUGCAGGGCUGAAUCCCUGAGCCCUGGUGCUCCCUGUGGAGCAGAAACUCUGAGCCCAAGGUGGGCAGAGUUGGGGAUGGGGAGGGCAUUGCUCCCUCCCCCCCAAACUGCAGCGCAAGAUCAAGGCACUCCCGGGAGCAGCUCUACACCUCCCCUGAGUCCCCCCCCAUCUCCUCUCCCCGCCCCCUGGCCAGGUUGGAGGUUGGAAGCCAGAGCCGGACAGUGCAGGGCAGCUGCUGCUUUGGCUGGUGCCCCGGAGCAGGCAACAGCAGCGUUCCUUCCUCUCCUGCUCAUACCCCAGGUUGCCGUGUGUACCCCGUGUGCGCACAGCAUAGGCACCGACUUCCUCGCUUUCCCGUGGGUGCUCGCUCACU